GAUGAGUCGCUGGUGAUCUUCUAUCCGGAGGUGCUGGCUUUCUCUUUCUUCGUGGGCGACAAGCACAUGCUGCCUGUCCCGUUCACCCUCCUCGGUGCCAGGAGGUAUCUCAACACCAUCUAUGGCGAGACUGGGGUGGGUCCACCCUUCCAGAACCUCUGCGGCAAGGUUGAUCAGAGCCACUUGCUGAAUGAGGACAUCUUGACCAAAGAUGU